AGCCAACAUAUGCUAAGUACUCUACCGCCGCAUCCUCCUACUGCGACUCGCACAACUCGUAUCAUCAGAGGUCGCUCUCGACAAUCCUACCUACCUCUCCACCAUGACUGUUAAGAUUUUCAUGCUAGGCGCGACCGGAUUCAUCGGCGGUGACCUCUUGGCGUGCCUGGAAGAGCAAUACCCGGAGUACGAAAUCACUUGUCUGGUACGGACCCAAGAUAAGGCGGAUAUCGUUCGGGCUGUCUAUCCCAAUGUCAAGGUCGUUCUGGGAGACAAUGAGAGCGCGGAAAUCGUCGAAAGAGAGACUUUGAACGCCGACAUCGUGUUCCACUCUGCUACGUCGGCAGACGACGUCCCUGGGACGACCUCCAUCUGCAAAGCUGCCGCCAAAGAAAAAGAAUCAGGCCGACCUACCUAUUACAUCCACGUAUCCGGUACCGGUCUCCUCACUUACCAAGCCGACAAAGGUCAACCGAGGCAUGGUAAAACCUACAACGACUGGGAAGGUCUGCCCGACCUCGUCAACUUUCCAGCGGAGGCUCCGCAUCGGAACGUCGACCAGAUCGUCCUGGAGGCCGCCAAGGCAAACCCUGCAACGUUGAGAACGGCCAUCGUCUGCCCACCCGUCAUUUACGGACCAGGAAGAGGACCGAUCAACAAGCGAGCCAUGAUCACCCCUCUGACCGUGGCUUCGAUGAUCGAACGGGGCCAAGGGUAUCUUCCUACAGGAGAUGCCGCCUGGCACCACGUCCACGUGCACGAUCUUUCCGACCUGUUCAUCCGGCUGAUACGAGCUGCCGCGGAGGGAGGUGGGAGAGCCACUUGGAAUCAAGAAGGGUAUUACCUCGCCGAGUCCGAGCGAAUGGGCUGGCCCGAAUACUGUAAAGCCGCGCUUGCACGGGUCGCCGAGGCGGGUUAUAUCUCUCCAAACGACGAGGAGGUACCUGUCUGGGACAUGCAGGAGGCCGUCGGGCAAGUAGGAGGACUGGCGGGGAUCUAUUAUUCGACCGCUUUAGGAGAAUCGAUCAGGGCGAGGAAGUUGUUGGGAUGGGAACCCAAGGGGAAAUCGGUCGUGCACGAUAUGGUCGAUGUCAUCGCUCUCGAAGCCAAAGCUUUGGGCAAGUGACCGCAGGAAUAGGAAACGGAACGAAGGGGGGCUCGGGAUACGUUGCCCGGUUUUCCAGGGGCUGUAAUAGCUGUUAUACCUAGAUCAGCAUUGUUCUCGCCAAAUCCGUAUGAGACGGGACCGAUUGCGAUCGCCACAACUCGAACGAUCGGCCGAUGUUGGCGAUUUUCUUCUUGGCAUGUA